AUGGAGAAGACGAUUAGAAAUUCAAUGCCAGCCCCAAGAUCUGUCCGCAAGAAACAAGAAGUUUGGUCUCACAAUCUUCACGAAGAGUUAGAGCUGCUGAAUGAGUAUAUUCCAGAGUUUCUAGUAGUCACCAUCGAUAUUGGCUGGUAUUUCGGAAGAAAAAUUCUACGAUUAUCUCCGAUUCAACGAUUAAACAUACUCCAACUCGGUCUCACACUCGUCGAUCAGAAGGAAAAUGUAGCAAUGACUUUAGAGUUUAAUUUUAGAGAUUUUGAUCACAUUAGCGAUAUGAAAGGCAUUUCUUUGCUGGAUUUGUUUCUAAAGAACAACGGAUUUGAUUUCUACAAAUUGAAGAAAGACGGAAUAGUUCCAGAGAAUUUCACCACUCUGUUUCUACCCAUUUGUCAUAGUGGUAGAAUCGAGAGAUUGAUCACCUUUCAUGGCUUCUAUGAAAUUGCUUAUCUCCUCAAACGGCUCAAAAUCAAAUUCAUACCCAUUUUUAUGGCAACGUUUGCCGCCACCGCUCAACAUCUAUUAGGUGCUAUCAGCAAUUUGAAGCAUAUGGCUCGCUACUGUGAUGGAUUGCUCGACGGCAACCUAGCAUUAAAAAAAUUUGCCAAGCUACUCGACGUGAAGCGAAUAGGUACUGCACAUUUUGCCGGUUUCGAUAGUUUACUCACAGCUUCAAUAUACACCAAGAUGAAGCAAAUGUUCAAGCUUCCACUAGAGCAGUGUGAAGGGUUUCUCUACAGCUUGCCUCAUCGGAUUAAGGCUUUUUGGUCAAUCCUGAAGAUCAUCAAUCCGUCCGCCACGACUCCUCCUGAUAAAGCAACUAUCUCAAUUAUGCCUAAGGACUCCCUUAUUCAAGGUGAACCCCCACAAUGA